UUCGCGUUAGACGUUUUUCGUUCGUCGUGUGUGGUGUAAAAUCGCAUUUUUGUGGAAAUGAUUAAUCGUUUCGCAACCGAAUAAUGAAAAUUCUGCUAGCCGCGUCACAUACGCUGCCGAUUAGCUGGUCAUUUGAAGAAGAAUCUUCUGGUAAUCUUCGAGAAAUUUGAGAAGUGUAGAUCCGUGUGGGAAAAGUGCUACGAUUUGGUCUCAGGAAAAAAUGCUACUCGUUUGGCCAGUGACGAAGCUGAUUACGUGAAAUUCCUGCAGCUAGUAGCUACACCUAUUCGGAACCUAAACCUAGCGGGAGGGAGUGUGUGUUGCGUUUUUCAUUUUUCUCUCUUGCGGAUGGCAGUUGUGCAAAGUUGCUCCAGGGUUGCCUAGCGGAUCAUAAUAUAAAAGUACCUGCUAAUAAAUUUAGCCCUGAGCUACCGUGGUCGAUGUGAGGAAUCAAUAUUUUCGCUUCCUUGUUUUCAUGCAUGUCUCGAAUGCACGGCAGCAGGUUCGGUGAUUCACAAAAGUUCCUAUAAUAGGGGUUCCACAUAUAUCGUAUCAGAGCAGGGAAAUGCGUAAGGUAUUGGUGUGAUCCGCUGAAGAAAGCUUGUUUUUGUUUCCUACAAAAAAAUAUUCCUUCAAGUACCCAGAUUAAUGUGGUGCUGAUCCGGAAUCCCCCAAAAAACCUGUUGAAAAUCUAUCUUUACUAGGGCAUUUCUAAUAUCAAGGGUCAAUUGCUGUCUCUGAAAAUUGCAUUGUUAAGUGAUUGCCCCUCAAGGUUAUUCGAAAAAGGGAAAUGACCAUCUAAAGGGAGGAAACGAUCCGAAAACACCCAUCUACACACCUCGGAUUAUAUAGAAUCAUCUCCCCUGGAGGAAGAGAACAAGAAAAAAACCUUCCCGAAAGAAAAGUGUGACGAGAUAGAAGGAAAAUCAACGAGGGGGAAAUUAAACGUACAAUAACUAACUGUUCAUAAACAACAACAAGCAAACCAUAAAGCUUGGAAAGAUGGAACCGUCCCUCAAUGCAGGAGCAGCAGGUGCUGCGGGCAGCAAAACAGAACGUGAGGAAAACAACGAGCUGGACCCAAGAAUUCAGAUCGAACUGGAAAAUCUCAACACCGCAACCGAUGACAUUAACAAGCUGGAAAUCGAACUGGAGGAAGCCAAAUCAACCUUCCGAAUUCUGAUGAACGAGUCCACCCGCCGCCUGAAGCUGUCCUCGAAAAAGCUCGGCAGCUGCAUCGAGAAGGCUCGGCCGUACUACGAAUCGCUCGAGAAGGCCAAGGCGGCCCAGCUGGAGUGCCAGGCGGCGGCCAUCAAGUUCCAGCGGGCCAACGAAAUCCACGCGGCCGCCAAGGAAACCGUUGCCCUGGCCGAGCAGCGCUUCAUGAGCAAUUCCCACGAGUGGCAGUUCGACAACGCCUGGCAGGAGAUGCUGAACCAUGCGACAAUAAAGGUAUAGUAUUUAGUUAUCUAUUAUGCUUAAAGGCUUACAGGUUUGUCUAAGAGGAUUAGUUUGACUUAAACACAAUCCACAAUCGUUUCCAACUUCAAAUUAAUCUUAUUUUUUUUUUAUUUAAACAGAUUAAUGAUUUGAAGGUACUUGAAUCGGAAUUGAAACUCAGAAUUGAGACGAGUUGAUAGUUGAGAGUUGAGACGAGUUGAGAGCAAGGUUGCCGAAAUCACAGAAAAUUCUGUAAUUUUUACAGAAUUUUGUGCACAUUUUCAUCACAUAAUCUGUGACUCACAGAACACAGAAUUUUGGAUAUAUUCACAAAUUUCACAGAAUUUUAAAAUUGUACACGUUUUUUCAAACUUGAUUUUACUUCGUUUAUAAAUUUUUUGUUUUUUUAACUGUGAAUUGAAAAUAUGGUAAGAUUAAUUAAGAUAAUGUUAAUAAUUUUUCUCAAGUAAAAUGUCAAAAAAGAAGCAAUUUGACAUGAUUUUUUGCAAUGAAAUUAUUGUAAAAAGCAUCACAGAAAACCAUCACAGAAUUUUUGGGUAGAAUCACAUAAAGUCAGAAUUUUUUUUUCGGCAACCUUGGUUUAGAUUUGAGACGAGUUGAACGUUGAAACGAGAUGAGACGAGUUGAGACCAAGGUUGUCGAAAAAAAUUCUGUGUUUUUGCCAAAAAAAAUUCUGAUUUUCUGUGAUUUUACCCAGAAAUUCUGUGAUGGUUUUCUGUGAUGAAAACAGCAUAAAUUUCUUUGCAUAAAAACAGCAUAAAUUUCUUACAUUUCACAUAAGAAAAAUCAAUUUACAUUACCAAUUUUAGCAUGGUUUUCAUCGACAAAGUUAGAAAUCCAAAAUUUAUGUUGACAUAAAAUUUAAAAUUUCAGAAAUACGUGCAAAAUUUAAAAAAUCUGUGAAAUCUGUAAAUUCUGUGUAAUUCUCAAAAUUCUGAGUUCUGUGAAGAAUAUUUGCUCAAAAUUCUGUGAAAUUAUAGAUUUUUCUGUGAUUACGGAAAUUUUGGUUGCGACGAGUUGAGACUAGUUGAGACGAGUUAAGAUGGGUUGAAAGUUGAGACGAGUUGAUAGUUGAAACCAGUUGAGAGUUGAGACGAGUUGAGACGAGUUAAGAUGAGUUGAGAGUUGAGACGACUUGAGAGUUGAGACGAGUUGUGAGUUGAGACGAGUUGAGAUGAGUUGAGAGUUGAUACGAGUUGAGAUGAGUUUAGAGUUGAGAUGAUUUGAGAUGAGUUGAGAGUUUAGACGAGUUGAGAUGAGUUGAGAGUUGAGACGAGUUGAGAGUUGAGACGAGUUGAGAUGAGUUGAGAGUUGAGAGUUGAGACGAGUUGAGAUGUGUUGAGAGUUGAGAUGAUUUGAGAUGAGUUGAGAGUUUAGACGAGUUGAGAUGAGUUGAGACGAGUUGAGAUGAGUUGAAAGUUGAAACCAGUCGAGAGUUGAGAUGAAUUGAAGGUUGAGACGAGUUUAGAGUUGAGACGCGUUGAGAUGAGUUGAGAGUUGAGACGAGUUGAAAUGAGUUGAGAGUUGAGACGAGUUGAGAUGAGUUGAGAGUUGAGACGAGUUGAGAUGAGUUGAGAGUUAAGACGAGUUGAGAUGAGUUGAGAGUUGAGACGAGUUGAGAUGAGUUGAGAGUUGAGACGAGUUGAGAAUUAAAACCAGUUGAGAGUUGAGACGAGUUGAGAUGAGUUGAGAGAUGAGACGCGUUGAGAUGAGUUGAGAAUUGAGACGAGUUGAGAGUUUAGAAAUGAGUUGAAUGAGUUGAAAUGAGUUGAGAGUUGAGACGAGUUGAUAGUUGAAACCAGUUGAGAGUUUAGACGAGUUGAGAUGAAUUGAGAGUUGAGACGAGUUUAGAGGAGUUGAGAGUUGAGACGAGUUGAGAGUUGAAAACAGUUGAGAAUUGAAAACAGUUGAGAGUUGAGACGAGUUGAGAUGAAUUGAGAGUUGAGACGAGUUUAGAGUUGAGACGCGUUGAGAUAAGUUGAGAAU